GUUCGUGGUAUUCCGAAGCUAGUCGGAUCGAGUACGUCGCUUCUAUAUGGUCGAACCAAAUCUCAACAACGAGAGCGGAGUUCACCAAUGGACGGAGGACGGCGAGAAGAAGCGGCGGCGUGCGAAGCGUUGCACCGCGCGCUGUGUGAGUGCCACCGGCGGAUUCGCGACCCCUGGCAGCGGAAGGCGUCUUGCCGCCACCUCAACCGAUCGCUGGCUGAGUGCAUGGUCUCAUCGUGCUGCCCGGAGGAGUCGGAGGCCGUGCGGACCCUCUGCUCCAGCGCUGGCACCACCCUCAAGCGGACGCAGUGCCAGCAAGCCAAGGUCUCCCUCUCCAUCUGCCUCUCCUCCCAUCAAGAACCAUCAUAACUAGUACCAAUUGCAACCCUAAUCAUCCUCAUACGCCGUCUGUUCCUUAAUUUAAUUUUGGAAAUUCUGGUGACAGCACAAGCCCCGGUAUAACUUAAACACAGUAUAACUAUCACUCCAUUUGCUAUUUUUGAAAUAUUCAUGAAGCCAAUGCUCCUAUUUGUUUGCCAUCCCAUUUCUGAGACAUCCAUUCGAUGAGGCUGGCAACGGGUUACUCUUAUUGAUCAAGAAAGUUGAGAGGACAAGACGAGCAAUCUGAAACUAUGAUACAACAGUUGAAUCUGUUGUAUAAAAAUGUGAAACUUCACAGAAAUCAUUCUGUCCUGAUGCCUGUAUAAGUAUAAAUUACGCUUUCAGCUUCUGGUGAACCACCUGGGGAUUAACUUUAGGCAGAGGAAAUUCAUGUCUCAUGGAAUCAGAAAACAACAAUGUACAUGAAAUAAUGACAAUGGACUUUGUGUAUUGGCAGGUA